UUGCAUCAACAGUAUCAUUUCUCGUUUGGAAGCUGUGUUUUUCACGAGACUUUUUUAUUCGAAUAAUUUUAUUUGUUUAUUAUUUGUGAGAGUUAAUUAAUUAUUCGAAAAAUAUGAUUAAAUAUUUGGUGGUGCUUGUUGUUGCCAUAGCGGCUACGUUCGCUUUUCCUGCUCAAUAUGAAGGCAAUGCAGGCAUAUUGACGAGAAUAGGAAGAGCAGCUGAUCCGCAUCACCAUCAUCAUCAUGGUGGUGGUGGUGGUGGUGGAUACGGAUUUGGAUACGGAGGCGGACAUGGUCAUGGAUUACAUGGUCAUGGUCAUGGUGGAUAUGGAGGAGGUGGUUACGGAGGACAUGGUGGACAUGGAGGUGGUGGUCAUGGUGGAUAUGGUGGAGGUCACCAAGGAGGAUAUGGUGGAGGUCAUCAAGGUGGAUAUGGUGGAGGUCACCAAGGAGGUCAUGGUGGACAAGGAGGUUAUGGACAAGGUGGUUAUGGUGGAAAUUCUCAUGCCCAGAGCUCAGCCAAUGCUGGAUCCAAUAGCAAUCCGUAUGGUUCAGGAUCUUAUGCGAAUGCAAAUGCCAAUGCUGGAUCAUCCGGUUAUGGACGAUGAGAGCUGCUGUUACAAUGUGUUCAGAAAUUUUGUGCUUUUAAAAAAAAAAAAAUAAACCAUUCAACAAUUUCAUAAUUUUAUCAAAAAUCAAAACAUUUUGUAAUAAGAACUAUAAAUGUAAUAUAAGUGUGUAUGUAUCUAUGAGAGAAAGAGGGAGAGAGAAUGAAAACGCAUUUUUAAGUAGAAUAUAAGUGUAAAGAAUGAUUUAUAAAUAAAUUGUCAUAAAACGCAAA